AUGUCUCCGAAACCCUCGGACAACAACAUGCCACACACUCUCCACACCCGCAAAAUCAGCACAGAAACUAUAGCCAAAUCGAACGCCUGGGUCAAAUUCGGCGCCACACGCCUCAGGAGCUGGCAGUUUGCACUCGUAAUCACCGCCAUCGUUCUCACUGGAAUCUUCAUAUUCGUGUUGUUGCCGUAUAAGCAGGCUCGGGGUGCUAAGAGAGAGAGGAGGGAGAUGGAAGCGCGGAUGCAACCGGUGACGGAGUACUAUGGGCGUAUCAUUGCGUAA